AUGUCGCCAGGCAAAGUGAACAUCUCCCCCGACAGCGACGUCGACGAUGUUAAACAAGCUGUGGAGGCCAUGUACCGCGGCAGCGCCUUGGAGAGAAUCACUCGAACUGACCUUUCUGUCUACGCCGACCAGGCCGCGUUUGCCCGCAAUGAUGCUCCUCUUGCUGCCGAUGCAAUGGUUGAAGGGUAUGGCGAACAUUGGGCAAAUCCCAUAUUGGUGGUUGCUCCGUCCACAUCAAACAAGCGCCAACGUGAAGACGACCUGUUUCAGUGUUCAGCAACAAGGCUUGGCAAGCGUUCGUCUCAACUGCAAAGCCGACGUUGUCUGAAACCAACGUAUGCCGACUUUGUGGCUGCCCCCACGUCGAUCUUUUACAUGAACGACCCUGGGUAUCCGUUUGUGGACUGUUUUUGGUACGAUGACAACAUGAAGGCUGUGCACGCAGGACAAGUAACCAUGUCGCAGAAUGGUCACCCGAAAGGCGUCGGGACAUUCAACACCAUGAAGAAGAACAUUGGUAUUCCAGAUGGAGUCAAGCUGGUUGUCAACUACAUCACCUUGCCGCUCCAGGCCGACCGAUAUGCGAAUGGACCCCGAAGCUACUUCUUCUCGAACGUUCACGACGGGGGAAUUACCGCCAUCCAGCAAACCGCCGAGUUCCGCGUCAUCAAAAUGUCGCUUAGUUAA